AUGAUAGGGAUCUGUACGGGACUGUCUCUACAGGUCAUAAAAAACGAACUAGCUGAGAUCCAGCAGCUCAUUGCCAAACUUAACAGUACCACUCACAGCUACCAAUGCCUCAACACAUACACUGCUAAACAGGUAAGGAACCCCACUGAAGAGCAAAGGGUUUACUACUGGCAAUAAACAAUUAAAUGUGUAUUUCUUUUUUAUCUUAUUUUCUGCAGUCAUGGUCACAAACUAUAGUAAAACAUACUAACCUUAACAAUGAGCAGCCACAGUACCUUAAAUAUGAACAUGUAUGACUACCAUAUAUGAGUUUUAAAGGUGUUGUAGAGAAGCAAUCAUCAGUUUGACUAUAUGUAUUGAGGAAUGAUCAGGCACUUUUCUUACCAGCUGCAGGAGCUCAAAGAGGAGAUGGGUGAGCUGGAUAAGUUUUACAACAUGCAGGUGGUCAGGGGACAGGAGGCCAACAAACGUCUGAGGAGGGACCUGGCCCAGUGCCAGAAAGGCCACCAUCCUACUGCCCCGCCCCCUGAACCUGUACAUCUCCCCAUGCGUUCUUCCACAGCACUUGUAUUGACAACUAUAACUUUUUCUUUCUUAUCUGCAUUUAAAAAGUUGUUUGCUGCUGUGAUUUCACUGUCCUCUUGUUCAUUAUGUGUCUCAUGUGGGAAACUGUCCCCUAGGACAGUUUCCUACAUGAGUGUGACUGGUCCCAACACAUAUUCACCUACUAUAUACUAUAUUCAGCUAUGGCUCUUGGGGUCACGACCCCAAACCUGGUUUUGGAUGGUGCCUCAAACUGCAAGCAACGUGUUCUCCAACCUUGUGAGACUGUAUAGCAGCCAGAGCUCUCUGGUUGUGGGGGUCAGUAUUCCAGGCAGUGUGGUGAUUCACUCCUCCAACACCGUACAGGGGCCUAACGUCGUCAUGUAAGGGGACGCCCUCUACUACAACUGCUACAACAAAGACGCUGUCUGCCGCUUCAACAUCACCGCCAAAACAGUCACCCCCAUGGCCCUGCCCAAAGGUGAUGGGUUCAACAGCAAGUUCAACUUCUGCCAUCUGGAUGCUUUCUACGGUUACACUGACAUGGACCUAGCUACUGAUGAGUGGUGUCUGGGUAAUCUACACCACCUCUGA